AUGCAUAUCUAUAUAUCUAUCUAUCUAUAUAUAUAUAUAUAUCUAUCUAUCUAUCUAUCUAUCUAUCUAUCUAUCUAUCUAUCUAUAUAUAUCUAUAUAUCUAUCUGCAUAUUUAUAUAUAUCUCUCUCUAUCUAUAUAUAUAUGCAUAUCUCUCUCUCUCUAUAUAUAUAUAUAUGCAUAUCUAUCUCUAUCUAUCUAUCUAUCUAUCUAUCUAUCUAUCUAUCUAUAUCUAUCUAUCUAUCUAUCUAUCUCUCUCUCUCUCUCUCUAUAUAUAUAUAUAUAUAUAUAUAUAUAUAUAUAUAUAUAUUGCAACAGGCGUUUCGGCUCUCACAGCCUUCUUCAGGCAAAAGACUUGGGAAGUUUCUGAAUCAGAUCUGCUAGGAGCCUGCAAUGCUCAUGUGAACUGGUGUCAAGAAUCAUUACGGAUAGCCACAGAGUGUCGUUACGCUCAUGAAUACGGAGAGAUAAGUGCCAGAAUGUUUCCUUCAGUGGACGAAUCUGUUGAACAGGUACAGGGAGCUGAAUUGAUAUUGACUGAUACGGACACUUCGGAAAUAGUAGCCAAAAUGACGUCACCAGCAACAUACCACGACCUCUGUUGUCAUACGGCAGGGAAAAGUCAAGAUACGUGUCCAAAAGGUCAAGCCUCAGAAGCGCAUCUGGACCGUUCCGGACACGACCAUCCAAUGGUUGUUGCCCCAGGCCCCACAACUCUGCAAGAACAUGCAACAACAGCAACACCAGGCUCUGCAAAACACUCGCAGACUCGCGAAGAUCACAGGUUGUCACCCCAGACGGGCGUUCCUUCCGAGGACUACGAAACCUCACAAAAGAACCAGAGGGUAUUUGUUAAACGUCCCAACCACCUGAAUUCCAAUCAAAAUGAUGUCGUCCUGGCAAAAAGAAACAAAGCAGCUACCCGUAUACAGGCUGCAUGGCGCGGAUUCAGUCUUCGAGUUAAGUUACAAGCCGCUCUGCAAUUCGCACAGAAUGUCUACGAAGAAGAAAGUGAAUUUGGGGAAGAAAUUGACUUAGAAUCAUUUGAUAUGGCUGAGGAGGAAACGGACGGCCAUGAAGGAAAAAAAAAUAGAUAUUUAACAUCUGUAAUCGGUUGGGAAAUCAUGUAUUUAAAAAUUGUUAUUAUCAUUAUUUACUUUUUUCUCUUCCACCUCUUUGUUUUAUUUGUUCUUUUUCUUCUUCUUGCUUUUUGUAUUUUCUUAUUCUUCUUUAAUUUCUCCUUCUUCUUGAUUUUCAGUUCUUUUGUGUCUUUUUCUCUUUUCACAAUUCUUCACCGUCCCAACUUCAUAACCAUCUCCCAUUUCUUCUUUGUUUUCAAUUCUUUCGUUUUUGGGUGUUUUUUCUUCUUGUUUUUUCAUUCUUUCUCUAUUGGACACUUCUUGUUCAUGUUUAUUUUAUUUAAACUCUCCUCCUCGAUCUUUUUCUUCUUUCUGAUUUCCUACAAUUCCUUCCUCUUUCUUCUUCUUCUUCUUCUUUCCCAGGGACCUUUCCCUUUUCUUCCUCUCGAUUCUUCUUCUUCUUUUGUUUUCAUUCUUCGUACUUCGGUUUAUUUCCCACCUUCGUUGUCAUUUGAUUUCUUUUGUUUCUGGGCUGCUACUGCCUUCUUCCUUUUUCAAGGUGUUUUCAUUUUUCUUUGCUUCUCUUUUCUUUCUUUACUUCUUUUCUUCAUCCUUCUUCCAACUCGUUUCAUCUGUUUCACUUCUUUCUAUCUUGGAUUUGUUCUUCUCUUCUUUUUCGUGAAAGAGUCACAUGUUUCAGACUCGCCUGCACCACCCACAAACCUUUCAGUUCUGAGUCAGCCGCCACUGUUUCGGGAUUCCAGUCAUCUCCAGUUGGGUUUCCCAAUAUCCCAAGAUGAAAGCAGAUCAAACCCAGAUGAGAAUCGCAGUCUGGCUCACCCACGAGAAGCGUGGAACUCUCCCGUGGUUUCUGCUAGAAGCAACCUGCCUCUCAGUGGUGUCUUCAGACCAAAGAGCACGGACGUCUUGCGGCUCUCCCCACCAUCAACAUCAACCAGUGGCAACAGAGGAGAGGGGGACUUUCCGGAUGUCAUGUCAAGAUGUAAAGAUGAUGCAAUCUGCAAGGAAUGGGGUUUCAAAGAUGCUCGCACUGCUCAAAUGAUGCUUCAAAGAGCUAAGAAAAUGAAAUUUAAUGCCGAGAGACGGGAAAAACUAAAAAAAUUAGGUACGUAA